AUGUUGUCAACGCCCGAAAUGGACGUCGCCGUGACGAGGCUGCGGUGCACCUUGAGCGCCCGCGAGGUGCCGAAGGCGCGGCCGCACUCGGGGCAGCGGUGCCACUCCGCCCCUGCCCCGCCCCCCGCCCCUGCCCCGCCCCCCGCCCCUCCCCCGCUGCCGGCGGCGCCGCCCGGCUCCGGCUCCCCUCCCCCACAGGGCAGCGGCUCCCGGGAAGGGGCGAGGGCUCCUCCCCCGGGUGGGCGGGGCCGGGCACCUGUUGGGGGGGGCGGGGAGGGGCUUGGUGUGGGGGGAGGGGUUUCAGCGCGGGGUGGGGGGAGGGGCGGCACCUGCGCAGCCGUUGGCGGGGGGGGGAGGGGGCGCCGCUGUCCCCCCGACGACACCGAGGUGGCCUCGGAGCCUUCGUCGUCGUCGUCGUCGUCGUCGUCGUCGUCAUCCUCGGGCGGCGCCGGCGGCGCUGGGGGAGGGGACGGGGGGGUGGGGGGAGGGGACGCCGGUGAUGGCACCGGGGAGCGCCCCGCCCCCUCCGGCCACGCCCUGGCGCCCCUCCCCCGCUCACCGCCGGCCGCUUCUUCCUCCUCUUCCUCCUCCUCUUCCUCUUCUUCCUCUUCCUCUUCCUCCUCCUCCUCCUCCUCCUCCUCCUCCUCGAAGGCUCCGUCCUCGCUCCCCGCCCGACUGCCCCGGGCCCCGCCCGGCCGCCAUCAUGGCCGCCCUGCGCCGGGGACACGCCCACAUUCACGCCGGGCCACGCCCACCGC